CGCAGAGCCGCGCCGGGAGCGGGAGGACAGAAGUGGCUAUCAGAAUGACAACUGCCUUGCUUUGUAGCAUGGUAUUUCUGCUGGCAUUUGGAUUGGCUUCAGCUUUUAGCCACAGCCCUAGGACCCCUGACAGGGUGUCUGAAGCAGAUAUUCAGAGGCUACUCCAUGGGGUUAUGGAGCAAUUGGGCAUUGCCAGACCCCGGGUAGAAUAUCCAGCGCACCAGGCCAUGAAUCUGGUUGGUCCACAGAGCAUUGAAGGUGGUGCACAUGAGGGUCUCCAGCACUUGGGUCCUUAUGGCAAUAUCCCAAACAUCGUGGCUGAGCUGACAGGAGAUAACGUACCAAAGGAUUUCAGUGAAGAUCAAGGAUAUCCUGACCCUCCAAAUCCCUGCCCUAUUGGAAAAACAGUUGAUGACGGGUGUCUAGAAAACACCCCAGACACCGCAGAGUUCAGCAGGGAAUACCAGCUGCACCAACACCUUUUUGAUCCAGAGCAUGACUAUCCCAACAUGGGCAAGUGGAACAAGAAUUUACUCUUUGAGAAGAUUAAUGGUGGUCCAAAAAGAAGAAAGAGGAGUGUGAACCCAUAUCUGCAAGGACAGCGACUGGAUAAUGUUGUGGCAAAGAAGUCUGUUCCACAUUUUUCAGAUGAAGACAAGGGUCCUGAAUAAGUACAGUAAAGAUGAAUGAUGAAAACUCAUGCCAUCCUCUGCUAGAUCGUAAUAUUGCUUAUAUAUAAUCAUCUAUUAAAAUCCUUGUGAAUGGCAGCAUGUUUAUUAUUCAUAUAAUUGUAGAUGAAAAACAGCUGUAUUUAUAACAGUAUGUUCUCCUAGAUAACAAAAAUAUGGUUCUGCUUUUUGUUAAAUUAUGGUAAAAGGACAUUUCUGUUGUUUUUAUUUUAGUCAUGGAGCAAACUUUGAAAAUGUUAGUCAUUUUAAUAGCUAACGUGAGGUAAAUGGUCUUAAUGAGCAGCUUGUAAGUAGGAAGAUGUAAAAAAAUGCCCAGUCUGACUCCAGCAUUUAAUCUUAAAUGUUACUAUGUUUGACACAUAAAAAUUAUAGUUUUAUGUUUUGUUCACAAAUAUUGUUACUUAGCAAAGACAAAGUAUUUAUUUUACCCAGAGAAUUUUGGCUUUUGGUCCAUUUUAAUAAACAUUUAAGCAAUCUACAAGGUUUGCAAAGUGACAUUUUUCCAAAAUAUUUCAGAGGCUCGUUUGUCUUGGUUAUUGCUGUGCAAAU